CUACCAAAUUCAUGCAGAUUGCCUAGCACAGCUCUCAAGUUCAAAGCUUAUAUAUAGUGCCCUUAUAUCUCAUUUUUCAUAACUUAAAUUUCAUCCCGCUGCUUUAAAAAGUAUACGUAGAGAUAUAUACUUGUAUAGUCUUUUGCUGGAUUCUCAUAAAUGAUCUCAAAUCAAUAAAAAAGGAGAUCUUCUCUUCCAUUCUCUCUUCCAUCCCUUCCACUCCGUUUCCCAUAUUCCAACAUGGCACGUGCCAUGUGGUUGCUAGUGUGCACUUUCAUGGUGCUUGCUUUUGUGGCUUCUGCUGAUGUUGUUAAGCACACAUUUCGGGUCGGCAAUCUGACAGUUAAACCAUUAUGUGAAGAGCGGGUCGUGGUUGCUGUGAAUGGGCAACUCCCUGGCCCGACAAUCAGUGUUCGAGAGGGCGAUACACUCGUAGUUCAUGUCAUCAAUGAGUCACCCUACAACCUAACGAUACACUGGCACGGGAUACUUCAAAUGCUAACUGGGUGGGCUGAUGGGCCAGUUUACGUGACCCAGUGUCCAAUCCUUCCUGGGAACAGCUACACUUACAGAUUCAACAUCAUUAAGCAGCAAGGGACCCUCUGGUGGCAUGCCCACGUAUCAUGGCUUCGAGCAACCGUCUACGGCGCUCUGAUCAUUCAUCCCAGGGAACAUCGACCCUAUCCUUUCAUCAAACCUCAUAAGCAAUUCCCCAUCAUCUUAGGGGAGUGGUGGAACGCGAACGUGGUGGAUCUAGAGGAUGAGUCUCGUCUCCCUGGAGCAGCAGUGCAUGUCUCUGACGCCUAUACAAUCAACGGAAGGCCCGGCGAUCUCUACCCAUGCGCCAACAACAAUACGUACAAGAUCCAGGUGGCCCACGGUAAGACUUACUUGCUUCGAAUCAUCAACGCUGCCCUCAAUAACGAACUUUUCUUCAAGAUCGCUGGCCACAAUCUGACGGUCGUGGGCAUCGACGCCCUCUACACCGAUCCGUACACCACCGACGUCGUUGUCUUGGCUCCGGGCCAGACCACAGGCGUCCUGCUCGUUGCAAAUGCCACACCUGGGUCCUACUACAUGGCGGCCCGCCCUUACGCUACCGCUCCCAUACCGUUCGAUAGCACAACCACCACCGCCAUCCUCCAGUACAAAGGCUCCACGUCAGUAGCAGCGCCCCUGAUGCCUGUCCUACCGGAAUUCAACGACACUCCAACGGCACACAAGUUCUACAGCAACAUCACCGCCCUGAGCGGUUGGGGCUCCGAGUUGCCUCUCCACGUGGACGAGCACAUGUUUAUAACCGUCGGAUUAGGGCUCGAGCAGUGCGGACAGAAUGCCACGUGUACACGUCCAUCAGCGAGCAUGAACAACGCGUCAUUUCAACUGCCCACCACACUAUCGAUGCUGCAGGCGCACUUUAACGGCGUGCAGGGCAUCUUCACAGACGACUUCCCAGACACGCCCCCGCUCGUGUUUGACUACACAAACGCUAACGCGAGCCAGUUGGUAUCGACGACCCUUAAGUCGACACGUGUCAAGAGGCUCGCCUACAAUUCGACGGUGGAGAUAGUGUUUCAGAACACGGCGAUACUCUCGGUGGAGAACCAUCCGAUCCAUCUGCAUGGGUUUAAUUUCUUCGUGCUCGCGCAGGGGUUCGGAAAUUACGAUAAUACCACUCACCGGAGCAUGUUCAAUUUGGUAAACCCGCAGAAGCGGAACACCAUAGCUGUUCCCGUCGGAGGAUGGGCUGUCAUCAGAUUCCGAGCCAACAAUCCCGGUGUAUGGCUGAUGCAUUGCCACCUGGAUGUCCACCUGUCAUGGGGCUUAGCAACGGCUUUCGUGGUAGAUAAUGGGCCCACCCCUUCGUCGACGCUACCUCCACCACCGCCCGAUCUACCUCGUUGCUAGAGCAUAGCGAUUUUAUUUAUCAUGCUCUAGUAUG